CACAAAAAAGCCCUAGUCAAGGGGACAAGAGGACCUACGCUCCUUUAUCUAUCUACCCAACAUCCCCCAGCUGACACUAGAUGACCCAGCGAUCACCCCUCGGAAAUGCCAAUCCCAGGCACGACGCCGAUGUAUCCAUUCCUUCCGCCCACAUCGUGCAGAAACACGACCUUAUUUUUCCUUGGAAGUGUGAGAGGGGGAGGCGAUCGUCAGGGCCGAUUUAGAUUAAAUAUUGAAAAAAGUGGAGGCGGAUAUUCAUUUGCGUUGCCCGGAUUGGGGUUUGGCGCGGGACAAGGAUUGCGAACUAUCGAAUCUCGAUCACAUCGGCGGGUCCACUAUCCCAGAAAAUCUUUUCAGCUGAGAGUGACUGUUGAAUGUCCAUUGUCCUUUGUGGACUUGGUUUUGUUGGUGGCUGGCUGGAAGCUAUAUGUGGGCAUCGCGAUGAAGGGGUUUAUCUGUCGAUUUUUGGUAGUUCCUUAUUCUCUGCUUUUGUGCAUUUGGAUCGCCGAGCAUAUUGUAUGUACUCAUACCCAUACCCUCUUAGAGAUAGCAAAAACCACCAUGGAAAAUUCUGUCAUUGUGUUGGUUGGGAUGCUCGGUACCUGCUAAGACACGUCGAUUGUGGACACUGCCUCGUGGGGGGAAAAAAAGAUAUUGCUGGGUCCAGCCAACCGCGGGAAAGAGGCAUAUGCUCAUUGGGAAUCAUAGUUUUGGUAGGCA